CCAGCCGGCCACUGACCUUAGAUUAUAUUCUGCUGAGAUCCCUCGCUGUGUCUCGGUUCUCUCUCCCUAUCAAGAAGGUCCCAGUAAUCUAAGCUGCCUUCAAACCAAGACCUCCUCCAUUAUAGUGAGGAUUAUAGAGCCAUUAAAAAGCAACUUUUCUUCUUAAGGAUAACGAAAGGUCUUGUGUGGUCUAUUGUUAGGGGACGAGACUAGUAUCCACUCGGUGGUCUUUUUAUAUUGAAUCUCGCCAUAGGAGUGACUUCCUGUACCGAUUUUACCGGAGUUUUGCCGGUGCAAAUGCCCCUUACCACGUUGUAUGUAAAAUGCUUGUUCCUCCUUCCUUCCAGACUGUUUCUCGAAGCCACAUGAACAUCCCUGCCUCGAAAUCCUCCAAUGCUUUCUCUCCGUCGAACCUUGUUCCUGGCCCUCGUGGCGGGAUCGACGCUGGUCCCAUCCUCCAGUUGUCGGCCUCACACUGUUCGCUCCCCCACCGCCAAACUUGACAGGGGAACGUAUGUAGGCCUGCACAAUCAGGAGUACGACCAGGACUUCUUUCUCGGUAUUCCUUACGCACAGCCUCCGGUUGGUUCCCUGCGCUUCGCGGCACCUCAGCCGUUGACGGAGUCGUUCCACGGGCGUCGAAGCGCCACCGAGUAUGGCUGGAUGUGUAUCGGAUACGGCUCGGAUACUGCGAACCUGGGCAAUCCCGUUAAUGAGGACUGCUUGACUCUCAACGUCGUCCGUCCUGCAGGUGUGAAGCCUGGAGAUGAUCUCCCCGUUGGUGUCUGGGUGCAUGGUGGAAGCUACAUCAUGGGGGGUUCCCGGGACCCGCGCUACAACCUGAGCUAUGUUGUUGAGCAGUCCGUGGCCGAGGGAAAGCCGAUCGUCGCAGUGUCGAUCAACUACCGCCUCUCCUACUGGGGCUUCCUAUUCAGCCAAGAAAUGCAAGACGAAGGUGCCGGAAACAUUGCAUUCAGGGACCAGCGUCUGGCGCUGCAAUGGCUCCACGACAACAUCGCCGCCUUCGGUGGUGACCCCGACAAGGUUACAAUCUGGGGCGAGUCCGCCGGUGCUCGAUCGCUAGGAAUGCAGCUCAUCGCCUAUGAUGGACAGCACGACGGCCUGUUCCGCAGUGCGAUCCUCGAGAGUGGAAGCCCUGUCGCCAAAUAUGCCGAUGCUGCUCGUUGGCAGCCAUACUUUGACGCCCUCGCCGCAAGGACGGGAUGCGGCGAUGCCGCUGACCGACUGGACUGUCUCCGCCAGGUCCCCUGGAAGGAUCUCAGCGACAUCUUCAGCGGCACGAACCCCUUGAAUGUCACCGCGCCCACAUUCAGUGCUGUUAUCGACGGCGACUUCAUGACCUCCCACGCACCGACUCUCCUCAAGGAAGGCAAGUUCGCCAAGGUGCCGCUCUUGACUGGUAACAAUGCCGAUGAGGGUACCGCAUACGCGCAGCAGGGCAUCAGCACCGAUGCGCAGUUCGAGGCGUGGCUUACCACCCUGGGCUUUUCCAGCGAUCAGAUUGAAUCUGUCUUCGAACUAUACCCCAAUGACCCUCUCCUGGGCAUCCCCGCCUCCUACGUCGGUAUCCCCCCCGAGCUCCCUUAUGGCCUGCAGUAUAAGCGAGUCGCGGCGUUUGCUGGCGACUACCAGCAGCACGCAGGCCGAAGACUCCUUGUCGAGACGUACGCCGAUGCCGGACUGCCUGUGUACUCCUACCUCUGGGACGUCCUCGUCAACGGCCUCCCCUCGCCCCUCUACGGCGCCACCCAUUUUCAGGAGGUCGCGUUUGUCUUCAAUAACAUUGAAGGCAUCGGCUACGCGGCCAACCCGUUCGCUGGCAAGCCGUACUCGUACAUCGAGCUUGCGGAUCUGAUGAGCAAGAUGUGGGUUCACUUCAUGCAUGAUACCGAUCCCAACUUUAGACAGGCUUCGCUUGCGUGGCCACUAUAUGAUACUACGGAUGGAGAGCCUAACAACCUUUUCUUCGAUACGAAUCACGAGGAUCUGGGCUACGUUGCGGCGGAUGAUUAUCGGAGCGAGGCCAUCGCGUACCUCCAGGAGAAUGUCUACAACUGAUCCUGAAUCCUUUGUAUAUUAGCUAGAUUUGUCUUGCGGUUAUACAUAUAAUAGAUAAUAGAAUAAUAGAUAUUGUCGGCACAUGCCCUUACCUAUUCACAGAUCCUUCUCCCCAUCAACGUACCAAGUCGUAUAAGAUUCGAGUAUACUCCGUACUACAACGUAUAUCUAAGCGAUUCAUUCACUACUCGGAAUAUGGUGACAAGAGACCCACAUACCAGUCGUGGAACCACUCGUUUUGCUUGCAAAGGAUAAUACUCCGUACCUUGCUCCGCAAUGCACGUCCGCUUGUGGAAGAGCGUGAGGGCACCACUUCUGGUGAGAGCAUCUAGACCGUGGGAUGUAGUAACUCGGCGUUCGGCAUGGAGCUCGGCAGGUUGUCCUUGGAGAGAAUUGAGCCUCGGCGCUGCCGGCCUCGCCCCUUGAACGCGGAAUAUGGAGUGGCCCCGAAGCUCGAACCACCAUUGUGCGAAUCAGUGCGAUCACUCGAUCGCUGAGGCGGAGUUGGAGAUCAUCGAUCGGCCAUUGAGAAUCGACAGCUUCCACACUUUACAUGUAUACACUCCGAGGAAGAGCACUGUGUGAGAAAUCGAGAUUCAAAGAGGCUCACAACAGCCUCGUGCAUUGCGCUCAAGCUCCUCAACGCCACCAUCCCCAUCCUUUUCUUGCUCUCGGUAGUAGGAGACGAAGAUGGCAAAAUCAAGCGGGCCGAACUCGGGCGCGUUGGCGGGAAUUGGCCGGGAAGCAAGUUAUACGUAAAAAUGUUUCAGGUUAAAGUUCGCUCGCGCCCCGGAGAAUAAUGGCCAGACUCGGAUCUUGUCCGCGGUGCUGGUAGUAUGAAUCUCGUCCGGAGUGGGGAGCCCUUUUGAGCAUGAGACGGAGUUCAAAUACGAACCCGGUGAAAACCGGUGAAUCGUAAUUGACCCACUCUCGUCUACUUAAGCUGUCUUGGGGUAUGAUCGCCGCAGGGCCACGAGGGUGGCGAAGUCUAGAACCUGCGUUGGCUUAUUAUUAAUUUAAUAUGUGUAUACCGCCGGCGCAAAGCUGAGCCUGUUGAGGCGCGACUUGAGCGCCUUCGCCUUGGAAGCUGGAUCGACCUUCCGGAGACCUAAGUUCUCUUUGGUCGAGUCAAAGCCAAUAUCUACACAAAGGUCACGGUUCUGGAGAAGUCAGAAUGGCUCGAGAUUGGAAAGGUUCUUCAUUACUAGGACGGUUUCUGCCGAGUUGAUUGGGUAAGCGAGGCGCGCGAGAAGGGAUCGCGACUCAAGCUGUGGCUCGCGCAAUGGAAAGAUAAUAAGCACAAUGGCACUGCCUGCGACGAAGGGAGCUUGGAGACGUACGGCCUGCUUCCACGGGAUAGGCUCAUUCAUUGCGCAAGGCGUAGUAGGCUCGUGAAUCGCUUUAGCUAGAUGUUGGGGAUCAAAGCAAGCUUAGGACAGUCAGAUUGGAGUCCACCCUUCUAGGCAGAUCUCCACGAAGCUUCAUGUAUUUAGAGCGCAGGAACUUGAUGAAAGUCAAGAUGGUUAUAACCAAUUUGACAGGGAUAGAUGGACCUUCUAAUCGCAGAGGCGACUCCAUGCUAAGUGACAAGGCGUAUAUAAGGAAUGCAUCCAUCAAGGUGAAUCGGGGUGCAUACCUCAUCAUCUUCCAAAAGAGAGUGGUCCAUGCAUGAGUUGUGAUAAGAUGGAUCGAAAGCGAUGCAGUCAGUACAUAUAGGAACCUGAUGAGCUAUCCAUCCAGGCCAACAAGUGGAGUAGCGUGAAAAAAGGUAGU